UGCUCCUCCUCCUCGCCAACACCGCUCGCUCACAAUGGCCGACUGGACCGACUGUCUGAAUUUCGGCAUCUCCAUUGCCAAACAGGCCAGUAAGGUGGUGCUGACAGCGUUCCAACAGGAGAAGGAAGUGAAGCUCAAAAGCUCUCCGGCUGACCUGGUGACAGAAACGGACCAACGAGUUGAGACGAUCAUCUUAUCUGCCAUCAGGAGCCAGUAUCCUCAGCACAGGUUCAUCGGGGAGGAGUCUGUGGCUGCAGGUGAGCGUGUAGAGCUGACCGAUCUCCCCACCUGGAUCAUUGACCCUAUUGAUGGGACCGUGAACUUUGUCCACAGGUUCCCGUUUGUUGCCAUCUCCAUCGCCUUCACUGUCAACAAGCAGACGGAGUUCGGGAUCGUGUACAGCUGUGUUGAUGACAAACUGUUCCACGCUCAAAGAGGAAGAGGGGCAUUCCUGAACGGAGAGCCACUGCACGUCUCUGGACAGGAAGAUAUCAGCCAGUGUGUGGUGGUGACAGAGAUUGGGGCAGAGCGUGAUGACCUUGCGUUGUCCACCGUGACAUCCAACAUCUUCAGACUGCUGAAGCUUCCUGUGCACGGAGUGCGUGCACUGGGCACAGCAGCGGUUGACAUGUGUCAGGUGGCGACAGGCGGUGCCGACGCCUACUAUCACAUCGGGAUGCACUGCUGGGACAUCGCUGCCUCCGCCAUCAUUGUCCGGGAAGCUGGAGGAGUUGUCAAAGAUACAGACGGCUCAGAGUUUGACAUGAUGUCCCGAAGAGUCAUCGCCGCCAGUUCCGCCGCCGUAGCCAGUCGCAUUGCUCAGGUGAUCCGGCCGUUCCCCUGUAGCCGUGACGAUGAUGACCAACACAGGUGUGUGUGUGUGGGGCAACCGGUGUGACCAGACUGUAGGUCAGCUGACAGGAAGUGUGCUGCUGCAGACGAUAACGUAUUGAAAGCGAUUAGUGACACUUCUGUGAUCAAUGAACCAAUAAAAAUCUGCGUGCAAA